UCCCCCAUCGCUGGUGCUACCUUGUCGGAGCAUCGGAGCUGUGAAUUCCUCGCGUGGUAGACAAAACCAAAUUUUGACGAAAAAGGCAUAUGCUCCAUUUCGACGACGUCGGAGCUCUAGCGAUGCACAGCAAGUUGUCGCCAAGAUCGACAACUUUCACACGUAUCUGCGGGGGAAGGAGAAGAGAGGAGAAUUGUGGUCGUGGUAGCUAUGGCGGACGCAGAUUCAGCUCCUCGCAAAUCGCCCCACCUGUAUAGCAUUAUCAUUCCCACUUACAAUGAGUGCCUCAACAUCGCGCUCAUCUGCUACCUCCUUUUCAAACACUUGAAGGAUUACAAUUUUGAAAUUAUUAUUGUUGACGACGCAAGCCCAGACGGAACGCAAGACACAGUGAAGAAGUUGCAAACUAUUUAUGGCGAAGACAAGAUUUUGCUGAGGCCUCGAGCUGCAAAAUUGGGAUUAGGGACUGCUUAUGUUCACGGGCUGAAAUAUGUAUCCGGUGACUUCGUCAUUAUUUUGGAUGCUGAUCUUUCCCAUCAUCCCAAGUAUUUGCCAAAUUUCAUCAGGAAACAACUGGAGACGGAUGCAGAUAUUGUCACAGGCACUCGUUAUGUGAACGGAGGUGGUGUUCAUGGUUGGGAUUUGCGGCGGAAGUUAACGAGCCGAGGAGCUAACGUUUUAGCCCAUACCUUGUUGUGGCCUCGUGUAUCUGAUUUGACUGGCUCUUUCAGGCUUUACAAAAAGAAAGUACUUGAGGAGGUCGUACAGACAUGCGUGAGCAAGGGUUAUGUAUUUCAAAUGGAAAUCAUUGUACGAGCCACCCGGAUGGGAUGCCGUAUUGAGGAGGUUCCUAUCACAUUCGUUGACAGGGUUUAUGGAAUCUCGAAGCUUGGAGGAACCGAAAUCGUGCAGUAUUUGAAGGGGUUAUUUUGGCUUUUCCUAACAACCUAGACACCCUCAGUAGAUGCAUAUCUUGUAGAGAAUCAUUAACCCACAGUUUCAAUAUGUUCUAGCAACACAGUAUAUGGUUGAUGCACAAGCAAUGUGCAAAGCCAGAAAGUAACUACUGGAAAGAGUCAGUGCUGUGCAGAACGUCAUAUUGAUAUGUAGUCCCUCGAUUUUGUAUCUAUAUCUGGAUCUAUGUAAGUUGCACCUAUCAAGAAACACAACCACAUUUUUGUUUAUGGGCA